AUGCCAAUACUACCCCUCCAAAGUGGCCCCCGCUUCGCCCCCUCCUCCCCCCCCACAGACCUCACCCUCACGCCCCUCGUCCCAGACCAGAUCUACCUAAUCCGCAACUUCCUCCCGGGAACACUCUGCAAGAACUACGUGUCAUUCCUCGCGUCCCUCCCGCUCACCACUACCCCGGGCAAGCCCAAGAAAGACGAGGCCGUGCGCGUCAAUGACCGGUUCCAGAUUGAGGAUGCGAGGUUUGCGGAGAUGUUGUGGGGGGAGACGGCGUUGAGGGAGCUUGUGGUGGAGAGGUUUGAUGAGGAUGAUUAUGACGACUCUGAUGAAGAGGACGACAGGGCUCUGGAACGGGCGCACAAAGCACACAACCUUUGGGGCGGGACGCCGCUGGGGUUGAACUCGAAUAUUAGGGUGUAUCGCUAUUCGCCGGGUCAAUUUUUUGCGCAGCAUUGUAAGUCACUUGAAGGAAGAAGCAACACAGCACAACACCUAUACCUAAAAAAUAUGCCAACGAUCUAUCCGCCUUUAUAUGCCCACACUUAUAUGCCCACACUUAUAUGCCCACACAUAUAUAUGUAUACUAACAUAUAUACCCCAGAUGACGAAUCCAAGGCCCUAACAUUCACCUCCCCCUCAACAUCCAACCCAACACCCGCGCGUACAACCUGGACGCUCCUCAUCUACCUAACUUCCUGCACAGGCGGCUCAACAACCUUCUACCCGGACGCGACGCGGGCAAAUCCACAUCCAGAACCGAUCUCCGUGGCCCCUGAGACGGGGCUGGCGCUGCUUCAUCGCCAUGGGGAGAGGUGUAUGCUUCACGAGGGGAGUGAGGUGGUUAGUGGGGAGAAGUGGGUUUUGAGGAGUGAUUUGGUUGUGGCGAGGUAG